AUAUUCCACCCCUGCUUCGACUUCACUAUAAGACGAGAGCUUAUUGUCUUCUUUCUCAUCAACUUCUUGGGGUAUCAUUAACCAAGAAGUUCGAUUCUUUUGCAUAGAGAACUCCUCUUGUUCUGUUUAUAUAAUCCAGCGUCACUUCCAUCCUCAUCCUCAUCCCGUCUUUGUACACCCUCUCAGGCAAAAUUUGCUAGUAAAAACAGACUUUUUCUAUUGUCCAUUUUGCUUUCAUUCGUAGCACUGGUACAAUACUAUGGCUCUGAUGGAAGGAAUUCUUGAUGUUCAAGUAGUUCCUUUGGGGACUGCCGUUGCCGUGGCUGUUGUUUUAGGUGGGCUUUCCUUACUGUUCCUGAAAGCAUUUGUUAAUGCUCAGAGGAGGAAAUCGUCUUCCAACCUUCCACUGGUCCCUGAGGUACCAGGGCUACCGUGGCUUGGGAAUUUACUGCAGCUGAAGGAGAAAAAGCCCCACAGGACUUUUGCUAGAUUUGCUGAGACUUAUGGACCCAUUUAUUCUAUCAAAACUGGUGCCAACAAAAUAGUUGUCCUCAACUCUAACGAUGUUGCUAAGGAGGCUAUGGUGACCAGAUACUCAUCCAUCUCAUCAAGGAAGCUAUCAAAGGCACUCACUAUUCUCACUGCUGGUAAAAGUAUUAUUGCAAUGAGUGAUUAUGAUGAGUACUACAAGAUGGCAAAGAAGCAUAUACUCAACAGUACUUUAGGAACAAAUGCACAGAAACGACAUCGUGCCCACAGAGACGCACUGACAGAGAAUAUUUGUAAUAAAUUGCGUACUUCUCUGAAUGAAAAUCCCCUUGAAGCUGUAAAUUUCAGGAACAUAUACCUGUUUGAACUUUUCAGCUUAGCACUAAAAGAAGUUCUGGGAGAGGAUGUUGAGUCCAUUUUUGUGGAGGAAUUCGGAACAACAUUCUCAAAGGAAGAGCUAAUUAAGGUCUUAGUGCAUGACCCGAUGGAGGGGGCGCUUGAGGUGGACUGGAGGGAUUUCUUCCCUUUUCUGAGGUGGAUUCCUAAUAAAAGUUUUGAAGACAAAAUCCAUCAAAUGGAUCUCCGCAGGGGAGCAGUCACAAAAGCCCUUAUUAAGAAGCAGAAGAAACGCUUUGAAUCAGGACAGGAAAUUUACUGUUACCUAGACAGCAUAUUGUCCGAUGAAAAGUCAUUUACUGAGAAACAAAUAAUGAUGUUAAUCUGGGAGGCAAUUAUUGAAACAUCAGACACUACUUUGGUAACUGCAGAAUGGGCCAUGUACGAACUUGCAAAAGAUCCAGUAAAGCAGGACCGUCUGUUUCGGGAUAUCAAAAAUGUUUGUGGACCGAACAAGGUUACCGAGGAGAACCUGGGUCAACUUCCUUAUUUGUCUGCCAUAUUUCAUGAAACAUUGAGGAGACACAGUCCUGUGCCCGUAGUUCCUCUGAGAUAUGUGCAUGAAGAUACAGAGUUAGGAGGAUAUCAUAUUCCUGCUGGAACUGAGAUUGCUAUCAACCUUUACGGGUGUAACAUGGACAAAAAAACUUGGGAGAACCCUGAACAGUGGAUUCCCGAGAGAUUUGUUGAUGGCUUGCAUGAUUACAUGGAAUUGCACAAGACGAUUGCCUUUGGAGGUGGAAAGAGGGUAUGUGCAGGUGCUCUUCAGGCUAUGUUGAUCGCGUGCAUUACAAUUGCUAGGUUAGUACAGGAGUUUGAAUGGAGAGUUGUAGAUGGAGAAAAAGAUAAUGUGGAUACUCUGGGGCUUACCAACCAAAAACUUCAUCCCCUGCGAGCAAUCAUAAAGCGAAGAACUUGAUUGGAAAGCCUCGACCACAUCUUUGUUAAUGUUCCAGCUUAUCCUUAUCUUCAGACACAUUAUGUAAUCCUUAUCUUCCUCUUUAUCUCCGUCAUUUCUGAGUCAUUGGAAGUGGGGAAUUUUAUGUUCCAGCUUCUUGAGCCGAGCCCCAUAUCGUUUGUAUGGUACUUAAAAACAAGGGCUGAAAGAUGUUGCUGUUGUUUAAUGUCCUGUAUUAGGAAAGUCUUGAGUAAUCACUAGAGAGGUGGAGUAGCUUGUAUGAAUGAAACAAAUAAAUCAUGCUGUGGCACCAUUUGGUUUUCAAUAAACGGGUUUUCUAAAUUACA